UAUAUAAAAAAAAUUCCUCACCGGUAUUCCAAGCGUUGUCGAGCAUUUACCGCAUUUGCUGUGAAAAAUAAUUUUAUCUGUUAAAUUUUAUAAAAGCUCUGACAAACUGUUCUUAUCAGUUUUUUGUGCUUUAGUUCAAGCUUAUUGAUAUAGAGAAUCUCACCAACUUAACAAACAUGCCUGAAUACAAAGUUGCUAACAUUUCCUUAUCCGAAUGGGGAAGAAAAGAAAUAACUCUUGCUGAGAAUGAAAUGCCCGGUUUAAUGGCAUUAAGAGCAAAAUAUGGACCAUCAAAAAUUUUAAAAGGAGCACGAAUUGCUGGUUGUCUUCACAUGACUGUACAAACCGCUGUUUUAAUUGAAACAUUAGUUGAACUUGGAGCGAAGGUGAGGUGGUCUUCCUGCAACAUUUUUAGUACUCAGGAUCAUGCAGCUGCUGCAAUUGCAAAAGCCGGUGUUCCGGUAUAUGCCUGGAAAGGAGAAACUGAGGAGGAGUACAUUUGGUGCAUUGAACAGACCCUUCUUUUCGACGAUGGACAGCCUUUGAAUUUAAUACUCGACGAUGGUGGUGAUCUGACGAACUUAAUUCAUGAAAAGCAUCCCGAAUAUUUGGAAAAUUGUCGUGGAAUAUCCGAGGAAACAACAACUGGUGUUCACAAUCUUUAUAAAAUGUUUAAGGAGGGAAAACUUCGAGUUCCUGCGAUAAAUGUCAAUGAUUCUGUGACAAAGAGUAAAUUCGAUAAUUUGUAUGGAUGUCGAGAAUCAUUGAUUGACGGAAUUAAAAGAGCUACUGAUAUCAUGAUUGCCGGAAAAGUUUGUGUUGUUGCUGGCUAUGGAGACGUUGGAAAAGGUUGUGCGCAAAGUUUAAGAGCUUUUGGUGGACGGGUGAUAAUUACGGAAAUUGAUCCCAUUAAUGCUCUGCAAGCGGCAAUGGAAGGCUAUGAGGUAACAACAAUGGAAUAUGCAAGUCCCAAGGGUCAAAUUUACGUAACAACAACAGGUUGCAAGGAUAUCAUUACCGGGGAUCAUUUCUUAAAUAUGCCCGAUGAUUCAAUUGUUUGUAACAUUGGACACUUUGACUGUGAAAUCGACACCAAAUGGCUCAACAAAAAUGCCACUGAAAAAGUCAAUAUCAAACCACAAGUUGAUCGUUACACAUUGAGUAACGGAAGGCACAUUCUUCUUCUUGCUGAAGGUCGUUUGGUGAAUUUGGGAUGUGCCACGGGACAUUCCAGUUUCGUCAUGAGUAAUUCAUUCACAAAUCAAGUAUUAGCUCAAAUUGAAUUAUGGACAAAGGCUGAGUCUUAUCCACUUGGUGUUCACAUGUUGCCGAAGAAGUUGGACGAGGAAGUGGCUGCUUUACAUUUAGAAAAAUUAGGAGUAAAACUAACAAAACUCACGCCAGCACAAGCGGAAUAUUUGAAUAUUCCACUUGAGGGACCCUACAAGCCCGAUUAUUAUAGAUAUUAAAAUUCUCUGUGCCUCUACACAUUUAACCAAAUGAAUAAAAAUACAUUUUUUCAAAUAAA